UCCCCGAUUUCACCAUCCCACUCAUUCACCUUGACAAUACAGUAUUGCAUCACGGCGGCGUGACGUCGCCGUCGUGGACCGUCCCACUUCCUGUGUGUCCAAGGGGAAAUUCCUCGGCUGGUAGCAAAGGUGCAUAAAAGCACUCAGGUCUCGACACGCAAGCACAACCCUAACCACAGCAAGAGCAUAACUCAGCGCUCCAACCGGAGAAAAACUACUACUACUACGACCGACGACACGCAACAAGAGAAGAUGGCCGCGGAGAUGAGAUGCCCCAUCAUGCCGGCGGGAUUGAGCCUGGAGGUCUCCCGUCACCCCCUGAGCAUGAAGCGAGUGGUCAACCUGGUGGUGGCCAUCGAGAGGUUGAAGGGCAGCCGCGCCGAGGUCGCCCUCCGCAGCAAAAUCAGCGCCCAACGCUUCCUCGACAUCAUGACGGACGACUUUGUGGAAGUGAUCCACAUGCCCGAGGCGCGAGCUCCGGGGAAUCAGUUCAUCCGGACGGGCCAGUACGAGUGCAGCAUGAGCGACAGCCAGAAGAAGAGUCUGGUGCUGCUCAGGGACAGCAUGGAGCUGCACGCCGUCACGCUGCAGGGAGGAAACGGUCACCGCAAAGUGCACCUCAACAUGUCCACCUACGCGCAUCCGUCCCCCUCCGCCGAAGCCCGACCGGUGGCCCUGGGCAUCAAGGGCACCAACCUGUUCCUGUCGUGCCACCGGGAGGGCCAGAAGCCCGCCCUGCACCUGGAGCCGGUGGAGGACCGGCAGAGCCUGACGAGCGUGGCCUCGGACGACGACAUGCUGCGCUUCCUCUUCUACAAGCGCGACUCGGGCGUCAGCCUCAGCACCCUGGCGUCGGCGCGCUUCCCCAAAUGGUUCAUCAGCACGGCCGAGGAGGACGACAUGCCCGUGGAGAUGCGCCAGCGCGCCGCCGACCGCUACUUCACCUUCCACAUCCAGAGGCAGAGCUAGAGCUUUGGAAACUUGGACGAGGGAGGGAAUCAACAGUUUGGGGGCACAUGCUCAAGCCCCCAAAAAGGCCACACCUCGCCAAAACGAGUCGUGCCCUUCGGAAGGAAAAACAAAACAAAACGCAGUACCUAUUUAUUCAUGCCAAUGCAAUCGUUGUAUUCACAAAAGUGGUGAAGGAAAGUAAUGUAUAAAUCAUGUGGAAAGGUUGAUAUAUUAGAGAGACGAAUUGAGAGGGUGGGUCAUCUAUGAAAAUAGUGAUGGAAUGAAGGAAAAAAAACGUACAGUACUACUGAAAAAAAGGGGCUUUUUUCAUCUGGCUUGCUUUCGUAUGGAUAUAUUCACAUAAGUAUUUAUGGAAGUAUUUAUAUGUAUUUAUCUAUUUAUUUAUCUAUUUAUUUAUUUUAUUUAUUGAUACAAAUCAAUGUGUGUUUGUGUUUUCGUGGUGGAAUAAAGUGUGACAGUGUGGACCUGUUUACCACUCAGCA